GAGGGGGAGAGAGAGAGAGAGAGAGAGAAAGACAAGGCGAGACAGAGAGAGGUUGGGUGUUCUCGCUGAGAAGUAGUUUCGAUUUCGCGAGAGAUCUAAGUCGCGAGGAUGGAUUUCAACGUGAAGAGGCUGAUGAAGGAUGCGGGGGCCGCCCUCAGUAGGGUCGUGCAGAAGACGGAGGAGACGCUGGGUACUUCAGAAAAGACAGAAUUAGAUGCGCACUUGGAGCACCUAGUGGAGAGGGGGAAUGCCACAAAAACGUGGACGGAGAAGAUACUACGAGAUAUGGAAGCUGUGCUCACUCCAAAUCCUGGUAACAGGAUCGAAGACUUCUUUUAUGAAAAGAUCGAUAAGAAGAAGCCUAAUAGGUUGAGCAAUUUGGAAUAUGUAGGCACCGACAUGAUAGAAGCUGGAAAUGAUUUCGGUCCAGGAAUAGCCUAUGGUAGCGCGUUAAUAAAAGUCGGCCAGUGCCAGCAGAAAUUGGGACAGAUCGAAAGGGACUUUAUAGGAACUGCCGCCAAUUGUUAUAUACAGCCUCUGAGGAAAUUUUUGGAUGGAGAGAUGAAGACUGUUAGUAAGGAGAUGGCGAUAUUGGAAACUAAGAGAUUGGAUCUGGACGCGUGUAAAAAUAGAGUAAGAAAAGCGAGGAGCAUGCUGGGCCAACAGAGUGAGUCCGGCAUAUCACCCGAAGUAAUGCUCGAUCAGGCAGAGAGGGAGCUAAGGACGACGCAAUCGGAGUUUGAUCGACAAGCGGAAAUCGUGAAAUUGCUGUUAGAGGGUGUUUCAAGCUCGCAAGCUGGACAUUUGCGGUGCCUGCACGAAUUCGUGGAAGCGCAGGCACGUCAUUACGCGCAAUGCCAUGCCGUCAUGCAGGAUCUACAGCGCGAACUUGCCGGGGCGCGACAACCGAGCCCUUUGCUGAGAGUCAACAGCGAGGAAGUGAUCGAGCUAAACCCCCCGUCCACUGUCCCUCAAAAUUCAACCGUAACCGCCGGAUCUGCUGAUUAUGUUACCGCCACGUUCGACACUGACAUCAGUAAAAUUUAGUUUUCAACUCUCCGAACGCGAUCGGAUUGUCAUGAAUUUCGGAUCGAGUUGGCAGUUCAAUUGACGGAUCUACAAUCACACGUAAUUUUUCCCUUCUCAAUUUAUUCAGAUUACCCCCACGUACGUGUUAAAAAAAGCUUGAUCAACCGUCACUUAAUUGUUACUUGUUACAUCAAAUAAAUACUCUAUAACGUUGUAUAAUUGUACAUGCAGUUAGAAUUGUAAAUUUAGAGGUAGACAUGGACGAAGAGCAUUUCUCUUUCGAUAAACUCCUUUGUGAACGAUUUACGGCGAUCAGUGCGGUCUAAUUUUACCUUUAUCUCUUAUCUUCUUAUCUCCUUGUUCUUCUUCUAUUCUUCUUAUUGUUUUUGUAUUGCCUGUUGAAAACAAAUGCUUGGAUCGCCGUAACUCGGUCGAGAAUGGCUAUAAUGGCAUCAAAGAGGAACUAAUCCUCGAUGCUAUAACAACACCAUGUAACUAAACAACGACAUAAGUGUAGAUACAUAUCUUUUUAUCCUAGGAUGCCGUUAAAUUCUAUCAAUAAUAAUUUGCCUAUGUACUCUGUGAGGGAGAGAUCAAAGAUGUAUCUUUUUAGCUCUUUCAUGAUUUCCAUCUUUCCUGUUUUUUUUCUUUGUUGAAGGAAAAAAAGGAAAAAUAGAUCAUGCAAGCAGUUCAGCUAAAAAGAACAGUCUUAAGUUUUCAUUCCUCCCGCGACGUCAGAAACUAACAUCGGGGUGAAUCGCGUAACACUAAUGCAUGUAAUCGAGCCGGUAGACUUGAAGACAUAUACAUACAUGCUAACUAGAUUAAUUUCUCCCCAAUAAAAAAUUAUACAAAAUUCAA